AUGGCAGAUAUUGGGGUGAGAAACCCAGUCAUCGAAAGAUUGGCAGAGAGAGAUGUUUUACGGAAGAACGACGACAUGUAUCUCGAUAACCCUUAUGCGUUCACGGGGAAGAAAUGUUUCAUUGACCCACUUGACGGCUCAAAUUGGGAAGGCAGAGCGUCGAAAUGGGACGACCCGAGCAAGAGUGACGCAAAAGAUGACAAACUAGAACCUUCAAAGUCAACACAGUCCGUUAGAUCAGCAAUGUGGGCUCAAACCAGAUCAGAGUCCCACGAGAACGCACAAGCGGGGAGAUCGACCCCGGUGGCAUACCACCCAUAUGCCCAACCCAUAGCUCAACCACAAUCCUUUAUGGCACAUCCUCAGAAUGAUCAAAAUCGAGGACAAGGAAAUUAUAGAGGUAGAAACUUCAUAGCGAAUUUCAGAGCUACGAGAGGUAGUAGAGGCCGAGGUGGCGGGAAACGAGGAGGAGCGGGUGGCAGUAAGGAAACUGACAACCCGGCUCAGAGCGGAACAGGAGGACAAGGAGGGGAACAAAACCCAAGGCAGUGA